AUGCCGAAGAACAAGCAAUCAUCCAAAAACAAAAACGAGAUAAAAGGAAUGGAAAAUCUUGCUUCUAAACUGGAAGACACCUCUGACUCAGAUGACGCAGUAGUGAUUGGCGAAGCUGAUUUAGAAGGCAGCAUGGGAGCCCGUGUUCAAACUGCUGAGCCCGUGUUCGAUAUGGCGGGUGAAGGUGCUCCCGAAUUGAGCGAAGCUGAGAAGCAACUUCUAAGAGAAGAAUUAACCAAGACCGAAGAUGAAAUUGCCACCUUAAAGCAAGUUUUACUCGCCCGUCAGAAACAUGCUGCUGAACUUAAGAGAAAGCUUGGUCUUAAUCCUCUUGUAGAGCUCACUAAUGAUAUCAACAAGGGAUUAAAAGUCGUCACGGAUUCAGAAGCCUUCCAAAAGACCCAAGAAGUUGCCUCCGCUACCGCUGACUCUGUUAAGGAAAAAUGGAAUGGCAUGCGCAACUCAUCUCUCUUCAAAUCAUUUGAAAGCAAGCUCGGAAGUGCAUAUAACAACGCUAAAAUGGCUGCAUCUACAUCAAUUGAUCAUCUUUCUGGAGCUGCUCGUGGUCCAAGCGCUGCCAACACUCCUGCUGAAGAAAGCAUGCCAUUGCCUAAAUAA